AUGUGUUUCCUGCUCUUAAAGUUUAGAAAACAAAACCAAAACACAUUAAUGCAUAACUGUGAUAAUGGGAAGAAAUGGACUCAUAAAGGAGCAAAUCAUUUCCCAGGAGCAUCUCGUUACAGCUUGGUGUUAAUAGAAUCAGAAGGGCUUCCCCAGUGGCUCAGUGGUAAAGAACCUGCCUUUCCAAUGCAGAAGAUGUGGGUUCGAUCCCUGGGUUGGGAAGAUCCCCUGGAGGAGAAAAUGGUAACCUACUUCAGUAUUCUUGCCUGGAGAAUCCCAUGGACAGAGGAGUCUGGCAGGCUACAGUUCAUGGGGUAG